AGCGUCUCGAGACAAAACAAUGGCACUGAUAUAUUUUAAGAUAUUUCUGGACAAGUUAUAUUCAGUUGAGACGGGUCUCACAUUUAUUUUAGUCUGGGACUUGCCUUAAGGUUUUAACAGAGGUGUGAUAUUUAAUUCCCUUUAAAUGCUACAGAUGGCGCUGUUCUCUUAACAAAACACAUUUGUGCGCUUUUAUGCAAGCAUGUGCGUGUUAUCCAGAAUGUUUGUGUGACAUUUUAUACAUCUACAUGGCUCUUUCACAUUAGAGAUUUAUCAUUGUUUUCAGCAAAACAGGCGUAAUUUAUUAUAGAAAUAUUAUCGUGGCAUUGGAUAGAUGUUAUCUUAAAUAACAUUUAGCAAACAAAUUAAGUUUAAGUUUGUUCCAGAACCUCUGAACUGGUUUUGAAUGACUUUUCUUUCCAAUAUAAUACAAAUUCAAAGAUCUCUCAAGUGUCCAUAAACGCUGUGAUAUUCACUACUGUACCUUUAAAUACGUUUUUCAGGUCUCCAGAUGUAACAGCUGAUGAACAGCCACCGGCGUUGCCCCCGAAACAGUCCAGGAAAGACCCUCUCACCCAAAACGGCAGAUCCCAGUCCCAACAUGAGCUGGACAACCACCUGACUGAAUUUUACAACGUACCUGCGGCGUCAGGAAAGAGCAUGAAUGGAGCGGUUCCUCAUGAUAAUCUUGUGCUGAUUAAAAUGAGGCCGGACGAAAAUGGGCGCUUUGGAUUUAAUGUUAAGGGUGGCGCUGAUCAGAGGAUGCCCAUCAUAGUGUCCCGUGUGGCUCCAGGAACUCCAGCUGACAUGUGCAUGCCGCGCCUGAACGAAGGCGAUCAGGUUGUGCUGAUCAACGGUCGAGAUAUCUCGGAGCACACUCACGAUGAUGUGGUUAUGCUAAUCAAAGCCAGCUGUGAGGACCAAUCAGGAGAGCUCAUCCUGCUGGUCAGACCCAAUGGCAAUAAAAUUAUUAACUGA